AUGUCUGAAACUGCUCCUGCCGAGACUGCUGCUCCGGCUCCAGUGGAGAAGUCUCCUGCCAAAAAGAAGACGACAAAAAAGGCUGGCGCAGCGAAGCGCAAGGCAACCGGUCCCCCGGUGUCCGAGCUCAUUACUAAGGCUGUGUCGGCCUCCAAGGAGCGCAGCGGCGUGUCCCUGGCCGCACUUAAGAAGGCGUUGGCUGCAGGUGGCUACGAUGUAGAGAAGAACAACAGCCGUAUCAAGCUGGGGCUUAAGAGCCUGGUGAGCAAGGGCACCCUGGUGCAAACCAAGGGCACCGGCGCCUCCGGCUCCUUCAAGCUCAACAAGAAGGCGGCUUCCGGCGAUGCCAAGCCCAAAGCCAAGAAGGCAGGCGCGGCCAAGGCUAAGAAACCUUCAGGUUCCACCCCGAAAAAGCCUAAGAAGGCUGCGGGGGCCAAGAAGACCGUGAAGAAAACUCCAAAGAAAGCAAAGAAGCCUGCUGCGGCUGGAGUGAAGAAAGUUGCUAAGAGCCCUAAGAAGGCCAAGGCAGCCAAGCCUAAAAAGGCAGCCAAGAGCCCAGCAAAGCCAAAGGCUGUGAAGCCAAAAGCAGCCAAGCCUAAAGUUGCCAAGCCCAAAACAGCUAAGCCUAAAGCUGCUAAGGCAAAGAAAGCUGUUUCCAAGAAGAAGUAG